CCAAUGCUUUGUCCAAUUUGUAACAUACCUUUCAAAUUCGCUAGUCAUAUAUUGGAGCAUGUAAAAAUCCACUUUGAUGUCAAGCCCUAUAAGUGCCAUUUCUGUCCCAAAAGAUUCCGACGAAAACAUGGUGGAUUGAAGAAACACAUGCUGACUCAUCAAGCUGAAAAGCUUCUGCGUUGUGAGAUCUGCAAUAAAGGCUUUACUCAAAGUGCUUAUCUGGUGCAACAUAGGAGUAGUCACACUGACUUCAAACCUUUCAAAUGUGAGAUCUGUGGUAGAGCCUUCAAGAAGAAAUGUCAUUUUCAAGCCCACAUGGCAUGUCAACAUUCGAACGAUAAACCUUUCGUCUGCAGCAUUUGUGGGAAGUGUUAUAAACUCAAUAAUCAUCUGGUGCAGCACAUUAAGACACAUUCAGACGAGAAAGCUUACUCUUGUGCCCAUUGUUCUAAAUCGUUUCACGCUGCGACGAGUUUGAAGCGGCACAUGAAAUUGCACACUGGUGAGAAACCGUUUGAGUGUGAGGUUUGUGGUAAGGCCUUCCUUGAACGUGGAAAUUGGGUCCGACAUCUCAAGCGGGUUUGUAAGCGGGAAAUGGAGGAUAGGAAGUUCAAAUGUGAAUUUUGUGACAAACGAUUCCUUCAGAGAAUUCAUCGGAAGGUUCACAUGCGUACUCAUACGGACGAGAUUCCCUUUUGGUGUAGACUGUGCGGCAAAGGGUUCAAAACAGCGGGAAACCGGAAGUCACAUUACACGUGGCAUGUAAAGAAAGGUGACAUAGAUACUGUUGAUGUUCUGGAGGAAACUGAUGCUCUGAUAGAAGCCCAGAACCGUGUUUUGAAAAAUGCGAACACUGGAAUGCAUCUACCGACGCGUCCCAGACUUUGCAAUGUAAUCGGUUCAUCCAAAGACCCGAAAGAUGGCAUCACGAACAAGGAGGACGUCCGAAAAGAUACAUAAGGAUGACAUGUCACCAACGAGACUGAGCAACAGAACCAUUCAUAAGAACUAUUGUAUGGCUUUGUGUUUAAUCUUUCUGCUUAACCAUGAGCAACAAUGACAAUGGAACGGGACCAAGUCCAGAAGAACUGUUGCAUUGCUUUGAGUGUUAUCUUUCAACGACGAAGGUCAAACAAUUUUGUUACAAUUUCUGCUUAACCGUUAUUUGUUGUUAAUUUUUCUUUUCCUUAAUUAAAUAAUUAUUUGUUAAAUCCAAAA